UUCCAUAUUUCCCUCAUUCGUACAAAUUGUAAUUUUAUGCAUUUUUUUGCCAUAGAGCAGCCAAAGAAAUUAAAUGUCAAAUUCAUUCCUAAUCUUUUUUAAUUCUUUCAUUUCAAUCUAACGAAAAACAAAUUCAUGAUUUUCCAUGGAAAUCCGACCAAAGAAACCUCACUUCUUUAAACCCAUUCUGCCAGGUUUCAAGAACAGCCUUAAGAUUCCUGUAGGUUUCUUGAAGUAUUUGAAGGGACAUGAUCAGCAUGAACAUGCAAUACUGAAGAGGGCUGGUAAAAAAUGGCUGGUGAAACUGAAUGACCAUCGAUUCGAAGAGGGUUGGGGAAAAUUUGCAGAGGAGUUUGAUUUGCAAUUGCGAGAUAUAUUGGUGUUCAGACAUGAAGGAGAUAUGGAAUUUGAAGUUUCCAUCUUUGAUUCAAGUCAUUGUGACAGAGAAUAUGCAGAGUAUAUGCAAGAAGAAAAAAACAAUAAUGUUGACAGAAAAUGUGCAGAGUAUUUGCAAAUAGAAGAGGAGGACUGGGAUGAGGACGAGGAGGAAGAUGAAGAGAAAGGUGAAGAAGCAGCUGCUCAUGACAAGCCUUUUGGUCAAUCUCAUUUUGAAUGCACUAUUAGACCAUAUUGCCUUUCGAAAGGUUUCUUGUGCCUUCCUAGAAAUUUUGUGUUUGCAAACGGUCUCACCAACAAGAAAUGCUGUUUGAUUGUAAGAGAUGAAAGGCAAAGAUCGUGGAAUUUAAGGAUAACUUCUAAUAAAACUCAAGUUUGUAUUGGAGAUGGAUGGCGUAAAUUCAUUGCUGAUAAUUGUUUAAAGGAGGGAGAUCGUAUUAAGUUUGAGGUUGUUACUGAUGGAGAGACACCAAUAUGGAAAUUUCAAGUUGUUAGUGAAGCAGAAGCUCCAUUGCAGAAGUUUCAAGUAACAGAUCUUAGGACCUCGAGCGUGACUACUCCGAAUUCACAAGUAGCUGCUUCAACUUCUGCACAUGGCAAUCCUCGUUUGAGUCAUUGUAACACGGAACAUGCGGAGUAUCUUCAAGAGGAAGAUGAAGAAGAAGAGGAAGACGAGUUUGAGGAGGACGAGUACAAGGAGAAGGAAGAGGACGAGGAGGAAGAAGACGGAGAGAAAGGUGAAGAAGGUGCUAUUCAUGACAAACCUUUUGGUCAAUCUCAUUUUGAAUGCACUGUUAGACCAUAUUGCCUUUCUAAAGGUUUCUUGUGCCUCCCUAAACAUUUUGUGUUUGCAAACGGUCUCACCGACAAGAAAUGCGCUUUGAUUAUAAGAGAUGAAAGGCAAAGAUCGUGGAAUUUAAGGAUAAUUUCUAGUAAAACUCAAGUCUGUAUUGGAGACGGAUGGCGUAAAUUCGUUGCUGACAAUUGCUUAAAGGAGGGAGAUCGUAUAAAGUUUGAGGUUGUUACUAAUGGAGAGGCACCAAUAUGGAAAUUUCAUGUUGUUACUGAUGCAGAAACUCCAUUGCAGAAGUUUCAUGUAACAGAUCCUAGGCUUAAGACCUCGAAUGUGACUACUCCGAAUUCACAAGUAGCCGCUUCAACCUCUGCAGAUGCCAAUCCUCAUUUGAGUCAUUGUAACACAGAAUAUGCGGAGUAUCUUCAAGAGGAAGAGGAAGAUGAAGAAGUAGAGGAAGAUGAGUUUGACAUGGAGGACGAAUACGAGGAGGAGGAAGACAAAGAGAAAGGUGAAGAAGUAGCUACUCAUAACAAGCCUUUUGGUCAAUCUCAUUUUGAAUGCACUAUUAGACCAUAUUGCCUUUCGAAAAGUUUCUUGUGCCUUCCUAAACCUUUUGUGUUUGCAAACGGUCUCACCAACAUUAAGUGCGGUUUGGUUAUAAGAGAUGAAAGGCAAAGAUCCUGGAAUUUAAGGAUAAUUUCUUCUAAAUCUCAAGUCCUUAUUGGAGACGGAUGGCGUAAAUUCAUUGCUGAUAAUCACUUAAAGGAGGGAGAUCGUAUUAAGUUUGAGGUUGUUACUGAUGGAGAGACACCAAUAUGGAAAUUUCAAGUUGUUACUGAUGCAAAAACUCCAUUGCAGAAGUUUCUAGGUCAAUCUCAUUUUGAAUGCACUAUUGGACGAUAUUGCCUUUCGAGAGGUUAUUUGUUUCUGCCUCAACAAUUUGCAAUUGCAAAUGGUCUCAUCAACAAGAAUUGGUUGAUUGUAAGAGAUAAAAGAAAAAGGUCGUGGAAAUUAAAGCUAAGUCAUUCCAACAAUCCUCGACCUCGAGUCUACAUUGGAGGUGGAUGGAGUAAAUUCAUCGCUGAAAAUUGUUUAAAGGAGGGAGGCCGUAUUAUGUUUGAGGUUGUCACUAAUGGAGAGACACCAAUAUGGAAAUUACAUGUUGUUACUAUUGGAGAAACUCCAAUGAAGAAGUUUCAAGAAAAACCGAGACCCAGCAUCAAGUUGUCAGAUGAGACUUCUUCCCAUGCAGAAGCUGCUACUAACGAGCCUUAUGUUCAAUCUUAUUUUGAAUGCACUAUUAGACAAUAUUGUCUUUCAAGAGGUCUCUUGUAUCUUCCUCAACAGUUUGCAUUUGCGAACGGUCUCAUCGACAAGAACUGCGAUUUGAUUAUAAGAGAUGAAAGACAAAGGUCGUGGAAUCUAAAGCUCCGUUAUUGGGAACCGAUAGUCUAUAUAACAGAUGAAUGGCGUAAGUUCAUUGCUGAUAAUUGCUUAAAGGAGGGAGAUCGUAUUAAGUUUGAGGUUGUUACUAAUGGAGAGACGCCAAUAUGGAAAUUUCAAGUUGUUAGUGAAGCAGAAACUCCAUUGCAGAAGUUUCAAGACAUUAUGAAAAUGCCCUCAAACGUGGGUCCUCUCGAAGCACAAGGAUCUACUUCAGCUUCUGUUGAUGAUGAUCAUCCUUUUUUUAUUUCUACCAUUAAACCUUAUUGCAUCAGCAAGACAGAAUUUUGUCUUCCAACGGAUUUUGUAAAGUCAAAUGGAUUGAUAAAUAGAAAGUGUGAGAUGAUUCUUCAAGAUGAAGCACAGAGAUGCUGGUCAGUGUGGCUAGGGAGAAUUGGAAACCGUUUUGGAAUUACACGUGGAUGGACAGUAUUCAGAGCAGCAAAUGGACUCCAAAUAGGAGAUGCUUACAAGUUUGAACUCAUCAAGAAUGGGGAAGUACCUAUUGCACACUUCCACUGCAGAUAUUCUAAAAAGGUUGCAAAGAGAAAGAAACGGUGAAGCAACUUGACUUUUCUUUUUCUAAUUUGGUUUAUCCAAUAUACGAUGUACAACCUCAAAAACUAUGUAUGGUGUUGGUAUAUACUAUGUUUGAUAUUGGUAAGUUGAUGUAAAUAUCGGGUACUGGUAAGUAUUUACAUAUGAUGUUUUAUGAGAUAAAAUUAGGCUAAGAAUAAUUUUGUAGAGAGAUUUUUUGAAAAGGGAUGGAAAUAAUGGGCAACUGCCUAGAAUUCAGCUUGAAA